CAUGAGUCAGGAAGCGGAUUGUUGUAGUGAGAGUUUAGAAGCACGAUGGAUGACGAAUUUGAAGGUACCAGCUCUCAGAUGGUGAUCUUUUCUAAAAACGAUAGGACAGGUGUGGAGGAGAAAGAAGCAAGAGAAUGGGUUCCUAAGUCUGUGAGCUCAUCUGAAGAUGAUGGGACAGAUGACUGGAAACCCACACAGGAUGAAUCUGAAGGCUAUUCAGAAGAGGAGGAAGAACAAGAACGUAAAAGGAUUCCUAAGGUAGCCAUGAAAAACAAAACUGGGUGUCCUGUGCCACAAAGAGAGAUGGCGGCAGCAUCUGAAGAGGAUGGGACACAUGAUAGCAGACCCACACAGGAUGAAUCUAAAGAUGAUUCAAAAGAUGAAGCAGAACAUUUGGGACAAAUGAUUCACAAAGUGGCCAUGGAAAAGAUGGAGAUAACACAGGUAUACCCCACCCAGCAUAGCACCAGGGGCCGAGGUCGAGCCCUCAGCUUCCCACUGCUGCCAGGGAUAGAGUCUGUGGACAGCUGCCUGCUGCCACCUGCACCGAAGAAGAGAACACGGAUUGGCUACAGCACAGAUCAGUUAGAGCAUUUAGAGGCCCUGUUCCAAGAGGAUCACUAUCCGGACGUGAAAAAAAGAAAAGUGAUUGCUGCUUCAGUCGGCGUCACACCUCAGAGAAUUAUGGUCUGGUUUCAGAACCGAAGGGCGAAGUGGAGGAAAGUACGUGGUGUUACAGCAAAGGUGGAACACGGACAGAGUAGAGCUGAAUACAGUCCACAUCACCAAAUCAAUCCCACUUUGCCCACACUGGCUCACAACAGUAAGGGAGCCGCUUCUUUGUCUCGUUAUGAUGCUCCCAAGCUACCCCAGCUUGCCCCUGUGCCACCUUCAUUCCCCACCAUAACCACUCAGAGCCCACCCUCCACAGCAGCCUGUUGUCCAGCCUCAGCAGCCCAGGUGAAAGCAGAGUGAUGGAUACAGGCCAGCACCAGCUUUCAUCUCAGGAGGGUUUGGUGGAGUAUCCCCCCGUCCCAUGCAGAGCCCUCCCCCUCUGCAGCUAGCCAGCCUUCCUCUUUUCACCAUGACCUUUAACUUUGCAAACCCCACUCCCCCUCUCCUCAACACACCAGCCCACACCCCACCCCUCUUCCUGGAUGCUCUGGAGGGUGGCUCUACCUUGGCCCACCAUGAGACCCAGUCUCUGCCGACUGACACCAGUUUGCUCUUUGACUUGGACUACCUGACGUCUAGCCAGCAGAGCAACACUUUGUCUUACCAGCUCCAAACCUCC